AUGCACACUAGCUCGUCCUCAUCGUCCCCUUCGGAUGCACCAGGAAGUGGGUCGGUUGGUCAGAGGUUUUAUUCCAGCCGACGUUUCUCUACUUCGUCUCUGGCUACUGUUGAUACCUACCAUACUUCACUCCCUCAAUACAGCGCGACUGUCCAUCCAGAUCAGGCGUGGUGCCCACCGUCAUUCCCCGAUUCUCGCGUCCUUGUCGAGGACCAUCUUGACGCCACCUCUCCUCCUCCGUUUACGCCAACUCCGUCUGCGCGCCCUUUUCUUGCUCACCCAACCGCGGCAUCGACGAGCACCAAGCCCCGCAGGCACUCGUAUAUAAACCCCCGAUAUUCGACAAUCCCACCUUCACUUGUUGAGAAUCCCGGGCUGCGUCCGAAUGGCUAUGAAUUUGACUAUAUCUUUCCCAUUCGUUCACAUAAACCUUGGGCGACAUUGCACCUAUUUACAAGGGGUUCAAUACCCGGCAACCCACAUCCUUCUGACCGACGACCGAAGACGCCUAGUUUCUGGGGCAAUGAACUUCUUGCAGGCAUGGUCGAGCUUGACUUGGAGGUUCCGCAAUCUAUCCAAGAGAUAAAUAUUAAAGGGAAGGUCGUUACCGGCUCUCUGGAGGGCAGCUCUUACACGUUCUUCAAUCAUGACCAUGUUGUCUGGACCAAACCGCCGAAGGAUCAUGACGCAUCUGAAAGGCAGGACGGCAAAUUGUUCGGGGAAUGCAAAUACCCAUUUUCCUUUCCUUUCCCAACCCAUGUCGACCUCUCAACUCGUGCAGCCGUUGUCCGACCCGAUCCUGCUGUAGGCGCUUCUGAACAGGCAAGUGUGCCAGAGACUUCCAGCUCGUCAUCCCUGCUAGAUAAAGGCAAGAAGAAGUCACGUCCCUGGUCCAUCAAUUUCAACCUCUUCUCUAGUCCCUUGGGCGAUAACAACGCAGGUACACUCUCCAGGAAGAAACGAAAUCGCUUGUCAAAUCUUCCUCAGCAAAUGAUCAACUCAACCGACGAGCAAGGAACAGCAACGUUUGUUUGCCCAAUACCCCAAAGCUUCGCAGAAGGUUCCGUCAUGGCAAGCGUGGAUUAUGAACUCGCCGUGCACAUCGUUCAUAGUCGCUUUCGACCAGAUAGCAAGAUCAAGACUAAUAUAUCUUAUGUUCCCACCCUGAUGCCCCCUCCGGCCUCUUCCAAGCGCCAACAAGCGUACCAGGCUGCUGCUGCCCUUCCUGGACCAAUGGCAGAUCCGGAUGGGUGGCUUGAGUUGCCUAAAGUCGUCGUCAAGGGUUUCUUCGGAGAGGUAGAUGCUCGACAUGUCGAGAUUGACUGUAUGUUGCACCUCGCUCAGCCAUUUUCUUACACCCGAGGAACCGUCAUCCCAUGCUAUCUUACCCUCACCAGUCAAGAUUCACAGGCCCUGAAGGCACUCUCCAAGCCUAAAGCGCCAUACCUCCGCCUCGUUCGUCGCAUUCGCCAUAUGACACUUCCUGGGGCAAAUGGGACGUCGCUCAUCCAGGACCCCAGAGGCAUCUCGCCUGUUCAGGGAACGAGCUCCUUCGGUAUGGUUCCAUCUAUCCAAGGGAUUCUGCCUCCUACCAUAGGCGACACCGGCAAAGGAGCUGAGAUGAAGACUGCCGUACACGAGAUUGCUGUAGCCAAUUGGUGGCUACCGCCGAAAGACGUCCCGCAGCAGACGCAUAUCCGACAUUUGGAAGGAGAGAUCCACCUCAGUGAGGAUUUGCAGCCCAGUUGUGCAUGCACGAUCUUCUCUAUCGAGUAUUUCGUGGAGCUGCUGCCGCUCAGGUCGGGUAUCUUCGAGGUCGACCCUGUUCCAGGUGGGAAAGGGCUUGCGAAGAAACAAGUUAUUUCAUCACAUCCCAUCGAUAUUGCCACGCUUUAUCGUCCUGAUGGACCCCUACCCGUCGCCUUCACCGAAGCUCCGAAAUCCAAAGUUCGUUCCCUCACCGUCGACACCAUUUACGAGCAAUUCGAUGAGUACUAG